AUCAUUUGAUUAGGGGAAGCCAUUGCCAUAGCCAUUGCCAUUUUCUCUCCGUAGCGAAGAACAGAGAUCGGAAUCUGUAGAGAGGAAGAGGAUCGAUCGGUGAAGGAGAUCAACAAUGUCGUGGCAGACUUACGUUGACGAUCACCUCAUGUGCGACAUCGACGGCCAAGGCCAGAACCUCACCGCCGCCGCUAUCGUCGGCCACGACGGCAGCGUCUGGGCCCAGAGCAGCACAUUCCCUCAGUUUAAGCCUCAAGAAAUUCAAGGCAUCAUGAAAGAUUUUGAGGAACCUGGCCACCUCGCACCAACUGGUCUAUAUCUUGGUGGCACAAAAUAUAUGGUGAUCCAGGGUGAGCCUGGAGCCGUCAUCCGUGGGAAGAAGGGAUCUGGAGGCAUCACUAUUAAGAAGACUGGUCAAGCUCUGGUCUUUGGUAUCUAUGAGGAACCCGUGACGCCAGGUCAGUGCAAUAUGGUUGUCGAGAGGCUGGGGGAUUACCUUAUCGACCAGGGCCUGUAGAAGCAGUCCAUAACAAUGGAUCUCCAACCAUUUCAAUUUCUCGAUCUUACGCCUUUUCCUUCAAUUUGUUCUCUAUCCUGGAAUUUGCAGUCUUCAACUACAGUUGUGAGCAAUAAUCUGUGUGACACUGAGGUAACUUGUUUGAAGACUUCAUGUGUAUGAUUCGCUUCAUUUUGAUAUCAACAUUCCCCGAUAUAUCAGUGAAUUUUAUAUGCCUUUCAAUGCUUA